CACCUACAACUCUAAUCAAUUAGGCAGUACAAGAGGAAGAGGAGGAGAUGAGACUAGCUACCUAACAUAACUAAACCCUUUAAACAAGUUCAUUCACCUAGAAAAAAUCCAAGAAAUUUUCAUGGGAAAAUAAAUGAUGUUGAAUGAUUAUAGUAGCAUUAUUAUGGGGUUUAGGGUAGGAUAAUUAGUCUAUAAGGAAAAAGAAGAAAGGGGAAGAUGGGGUAAUAUGAUGAGAGGAGAGCAAACAUCUGUCUCUUUCAGUUCCCAGGAAUUACAUUGUUUUGUUGUUGUUACUGGGUAUUUGCCUGUUGCUGUUAAACCUUUCUCUUUCAUGGCUUCUUCUUUGUGACACUUGAACAGUUUUCAAAGAGAAAAAAAGGAGGAAGCUUUUAAGAUAUCUUGAAGCUAAAGCUAUUUAGGAUUUCUUUUUUGUGCUAUGGGUUUGAGUAGUAGACCUCAAAAGUCUGUCAAUGGAGUUCCCACUAAAUGGGUUUCUCUGUUUUGCUUUGCCAGUUUCUGCUCAGGUGUACUAGUUGUCAACAGGAGUGUAUGUAGCAUUGUUUACAGAUUUUGGGAUAUUUUGGAUCCGAUUAGAACGGAGGGGGAGGCUUCUUCUGAAAUGAAACAUCGAAUCAACGAAGUUCAUCCGAUGAUUAAUUGCAAUAAGGAUCCUUCCAUUCAAGCAGGCAAUGUUCUUUCCCGAUUUUUGCAAACCCACGAUUUAAUUAAGGCAUUAGACAAGACAAUCUCCUCAUUGGAGAUGCAGCUAGCUGCAGCUAGAGCUGCCAAAACAGAUGGUGAGGAAGGAUCUCCGAUCGGCUUGAAUAGACGCAGGAAAGUAUUCUUUGUUAUGGGAAUUAUUACCGCGUUAAACAGUCGAAAACGAAGGGAUUCAAUUCGGAAAACUUGGAUGCCUCAAGGGGAGGACUUAAAGAGGUUGGAGAAAGAGAAGGGAAUCGUAAUUCGAUUCGUCAUAGGACACAGUUCAACCCCUGGUGGUUCUUUAGAUCGUGCUAUCGAUGCGGAAGAAGAGCAACACAAGGACUUUUUGCACCUGAAUCAUAUCGAAGGGUACCAUGAACUGUCAUUGAAAACUAGAACAUACUUUUCAGCAGCAGUUGCAAAGUGGGACGCCGAGUUCUAUCUUAAAGUCGACGACGAUGUACAUGUAAAUCUAGGUAUGGUGAGUUCUACACUAGCUCGUCACAUAUCGAAACCCCGUGUUUAUAUCGGUUGCAUGAAGUCCAGACCUGUUCUGGCACAGAAAGGUGUUAAGUACCGUGAGCCGGAAUAUUGGAAGUUCGGUGAGGAGGGAAACAAGUAUUUUCGGCAUGCGACCGGACAAAUAUAUGCAAUCUCCAAAGACUUGGCCACCUAUAUCUUAGUCAAUCGGCACAUACUCCAUACGUAUGCGAACGAAGACGUCUCCUUCGGUUCCUGGUUUAUCGGUCUCGAUGUCGAGCAUAUAGAUGAUAGAAGUCUAUGCUGUGGUGCCACUCCCCCUGAUUGUGAGUGGAAAGCUCAAGCGGGGAAUCCGUGUGGUGCAUCAUUCGACUGGAGCUGCAGCGGAAUUUGCAAGUCGAUGGAGAGAAUGGAGGAGGUUCACCGGCGUUGUGGGGAGGGCAACCAAGCCAUCUGGGACACUGAUUUCUGAAGGCAUGUAGUGUUCCAAUUACAAUCAAUUUAGUAAGAUCUUCCUAUUAUAAUGGUUGUCCAAAUAUAUCACAUUAACGUAAUAA